AUGUGUAACAUUGGCCGUCGCCAAGGCUGGGGCGUGAUUUGCGGCGACGGAUUUGGAGUGCUCGAAGCGUUGGUCGUGUGCCGUUCCAUCGGACUCGGGUACGCUGCAGCCGCCUUCCAGACGGACCUGUUCGGAGGGUUGGACCUUCCGGUCGUGCUGUCGGCAGUCGAAUGUGCCGGGAACGAGUCGUCGCUUGCCGGCUGUUAUCACCAGCACAAGGCCACGUGCUCCACCAGGAAGGAGACGGUGGCAGUGGUGGUGUGCACACGGGAGUUGGCAGACUUGGAGGUGAACGCCGACGAACUGAUGAGAUCUGCUUACCUGGAGGACAGGCAGAUGUACUUCUUGCAGUGCGCCAUGGAGGAGAACUGUCUGGCGUCGUCUGCGUACCAGCUCCGUCGAGACGAGACCGAUUGGCACCUGAUCACACGACGGCUGCUGCGGUUCACCGCUAAAAUCACGAACGUCGGCACCGCCUCUUUCCGGCCCGCCGUGCCCAAACAUCUGUGGCAGUUUCAUCAGUGUCACAUGCACUACCACAGCAUGGAAGUGUUCGCCACGUUCGACGUGCUGGACGGCGGCGGCAUGAAAGUGGCCGAGGGGCACAAGGCGUCGUUUUGUCUGGAAGACAAUCAGUGCACGGACGGAGCCAAGCCGGGAUUCGCGUGCGCCGACUACGGUGACCAGGGCAUAUCGGUCAACUGUUCGGACAUUUACCGGCACAACAUCGACUGUCAGUGGGUCGACGUGACCGACCUGAACCCGGGGCUGUACACGCUCAAGGUGUCCGUCAAUCCAGAGCACAAAAUCCCGGAGAUGACGUACGCCAACAAUGCGGCGGUGUGCUCGAUGUUCUACUCCGAGACUUUCGUGAAAAUCCACGACUGCGUCCUACGAAACCCUUGA